AAAAGCUUGAUGGCCUCUACGGAACUUGGCGCAAAGCAUCGACUGAAAAGGCUUCGUACAAGUAAGUGGUGUACAUAAUAAACUUGUGUGAUUUGACUCUGAACUCCUUGAAAAAACACACUAAAACACUUUGAAUAAAUAAAUAUUUUUUCAUAUUACAGUUUGCCCAAACCCAUGAUGAAGAACAGUGAUUUGGCUCGACUGAUCAAUUCAGAAGAAAUCCAAAAAGUUGUUCGACCAACCAAGUAAGAUUGCGAUACCCAUGUUGACAUGUUAUUGUACAUAUUGUUGCUUGUAGAAUUUUUGUAAUUUCAUGAUCAUUUCUUUCACUAUUACCCAUACAUACAUAACCAGGGCUUGAAAUAACGUUCAUAAAGUUCACGAUCAUGGUGAUCUGCAGUCUGGACUUUCCCUGUUUCCUCCAAUUGAAAACCCCGCCCCUCUGCUGAUUAGAAACAGUUUCUUGUAGAUUGGGUGUUAUUUCAAACCCAGCAUAACAUUAAGCUGUGAUGGCUUAUUCCUCAGCCAGAUAAAGUAGUCAACGUUUCAAUUCAAAUAAUUCUUUCAGGCCUGCACCUAAACGUGCGCAACUGAAGAAGAAUCCUCUGAAGAAUCUGGGCGUGAUGCUGAAGUUAAACCCUCAUGCGAAGAGCACAAAGAGGGCUGCAAUUUUGGCGCAAGAGAGAAGCAAAGCAGCAAGGAAGGAUGUAGUGGAGAAGAAACGAAAGCAAUGAAUGAAAUAAUGCAGAACUUUGAGAUUAAAUGAAUAAUUCUCUCUGA